AUGAAACUCUUACUAUUUUCUGCGAUAUGUUUGUAUCUUACUGUAUCUCAACCGGUACCUGUGGUCAAGGAUCCGAGAGCACGGGUUGUACCUGAGUUGGACAUUAUCUAUGUUGAGUGGCAAGCUGGAUCACAACCUCAGAACACAAUGUACACCAUCCGCCACAAGUCCGGAUCCGACCAAGCGGCUUGGAAGUACAUCAAAACAGUCGAGUCAAAUGUACGGAUUCCAUUAGGCACGUAUAACGACGGGGAAAACGUCCACAUUCAGAUAAAAACAGAACGAGGAGCUCAAAUCGUAGAGGAUUGGACAAAAGAAAUAAUUGUAGAUGCAGCUAGAAAGAGCGUGCGAUCUGCCCCACUGCGUCCAGUUCCACCAGCUGCUCCAGCAGCACCGAGCCCUAACCACCACGCGCAUCACUCUCAUCAGCAUGCUCAUGAGCAUGGUCAGCAUCAUGCUCCGCAACAAAACCAGCACCAUGCCCAGCACCAUACUUCUCACCAUCCCCAACAUCCUCAACCAGUUCAAGCACAUGCUCAACCACCUCAAGCUCCCGCAUCACCGCUAGUUCAUGCUCCAGGAGCACUUGUGCCACCACUCCACUUCACCGCUAACAUUAUGAAUCCUACUACAGUACAACUCAAGUGGCAGCCUGCAAUGCCAGGAAGACAAGAUAUCUACUACUUGGUCAAUGUGAAACAACUGACUACUGCAUCCGGUAGUACUCUUCAAAAUCAGCAGAUCAAAACUGCUGCAACAAGUUUUACACUUGGCAAGAUGAUCGCUGGAGAGAAAUAUGAAAUGACAAUCCGAAGUGCCACAAGCCAAGAUGCCAUCUCUGGCACCGCCUCCAUUGUCGAGAUUACUAUGCCAAGAGAUGAUGACUACUUCGAGAUUGGAAACCUCAUCAUCAGCUCUCAUUUCCGCACUCCGACACAAGGAAUAGUCAAUUUGACCUGGGAAGUACCGUCAACAAUGCAAAACAGAAUUGCUUCGUAUAACGUGGAGUAUGCUGAAAUGGGAAACAACCGAUACUGGCAGAAGAUUCAAUUCCAUGGUGCAUCCUCGUCGGCAGCUCUGCACCAUUUGAAAAGCAACACUGAAUAUCUGCUACGCAUCAAAACAGUGCUUGCCAAUAACAUCGUUACCGAGAGCGGCCAAUUCCGUUUUCGAACACCACGAGUUGAAACCAAUCCAAUCCACAAAGUUGACGUUAUCUACUCUCACGACGUGAAUUCGGUCAAAUUGCAAUGGAUGCUUGAACCUCAUAUUCGUCCAGAAAACGUGGCUGGUUAUGAUGUUUACUUGAGUCAAGAUAAGGACCUUCCUGAUUCUCAAUGGAAGUUAGUUCGUCUGAACAACAAAGAAUCACACCUUUCACUGGAAGACCUCAAGAGCUCAACCGUCUAUUUUGUCAGAGUGAACGUACGCAAUACAGAUGGAUCUGUCAUCCGAGCCCCAUCAGUUUAUAGAUUCAAGACAAUUGGUGCUACUAUUCUAUAUACAAAUCGCAAAGAUCUCACUCCGGAACAAUGGCAAAAGAUUGAAAUUGAGGAUUCAAAAAAUACUACGGUACUGAUCAAAAAUUUGCAAGAAGGUGUGCGAUAUUCGGUACAAAUUAUUCCACGACUCUACACUGGAGAUUAUGAUUUUGAGUCAAGAGAGUUGUUUGAAUUCAAAACCGACAAAAUGACACGAGGUGUCAACCAAGGAACUGAUGUUCGAACACUAACACCACACGGACAUCCGUUGGCAGGACCUCACUUUGAGCAGAUGUCCCAUUCGGAGGCUGAAUUUAUGCGAAUCGUCAGCUGUAACCCGGAUGAGAUAAAGUCUGGAUGUGCUUGGGAUGAAAUUUGCAUUAAUCGAGUCGAAGAUCGGAACAAGGGAUGGUGCAUUUCAAAUACUCUUCGAGAUAGCAUCUUGAACUCGUAA